UUAGUUGGACGGGAGAAAGCACGGUGACGGUUCGAUGCCGGGCGGCUGGCGGCGGCAGACCGAAAUCGAGAGCGACGGAAGCGCCGGGAGUGCUGUAGCGUCGGAGGUGUGCUGGCGAUAGGUCAGGGGUCGCGGAGCAGCUGCCGGAGAGGUCAUAGGUCACGACACAGGUCGUCUGACCGGCCGGGAAACUCGGCCGACACACACACACACACACACACACAGAUCACACCAGGAUGCCGAGUGAGGACCGCCUGGCGCUGGUACCCGGCCCGGAGGAAGCCGAGGAGGACCCGGAGAGGGAGGAUUCGCUCCCCAUCUCCCCACCGUCGCCCUCCUCCACCGUCGACCUGCCAUGGGCGUGCGCUAUGGUGUACCGUCGGCCCCCGCUGCCGCCGGGCGCUGGCCGACUGGCGGCGCUCAGUGCCCUCCUAGUCGCGCUCUCUGCGCUCCUGCUGGUGCAGCUGGCGCUGCUGCGCGACGCGUCGCGCGCGGCGGGCGUCGGCGCGUACCCGGCGGCGGCGGCGCUGGCGCUGGUGACGCUGGCGGCGGCGGCGCCGGCGGCCGCCGUGGCUCUCUGGAGGGGCGGCCGGCCGGCGGCGCCGGGGCGGCUGUCGGUGGCAGCGGCCCUCUGCUCGGUGGGGAGCCUGCUGGUGCUGGCUGGGAGACAUCAGAACCGGCUGGGAUGUAACGUCCAAGACCCGCUGGUAGCGGUCGUCAUCGUGUUCGCCUUCAUGGGUCACCUGCUGACCGCCUCCAAAGUGCGACUCCGCUCCACCAUAGCCCAAGUAGUCGUCUGUCUGGGCCUCUUCAUCGGUGUCAGCUACCAGGCGUGCAACAAAUACAGUUGCCAUGGCAACGACCACAGCGGUAGCUGGCGAAGUGCCGGGGUCGCCGCUAGGGAGCAGCACGUUCUUUGGGUGGCAGUGGGGGCCAGUGGUCUGGCCAUGGUCUGCAGCGCCUGCAUGGUGCUUGAGUCACACUUUCACAGCCAGAGCGGCAAGGGAGGUCAGAGCUCCUGGUGGGACGACGUCACCAGCACUGGCCUGAUGACCGCCGCCUCGUUCGUCACCGUCUCCCUUCUCUUCUGGGUCGACCUCGUCCCCGGCGUCGGAGAGUCGGAGAGCGUCUCUGACCUCGGCAGCGGCCUGGUGCGGGCUCUCGCCGCUCUGGGCGACCAGUUCCCGUACUACCGCCGCGCCUGUCUGCUGAUCGGCAUCGCCUGCCCCGCCCUGACGCUGACCGCCGUCCGCCUGCUCUCCGCUGGCCGACCCACCUUCCAGCUGGCCUCACUAGUGACCCUCGGUGUGCUCGUCUCGGAGCUGUGGUGGUCCGUGUCGCGGAUAGAUGGCGCUGGCGGCUGGACGCCCCACGCCCGCCUGACUGGCGAGGCGGUAAUGGCGGUGGUAGGGGGUCUGCUGAUGAUUGGGGGUCUGAUCGCUUGGCUGUCGUUCGGUGAGAAGAAGCCUGGGAAGGAUCUGGAGCUGACGGCUCGUGAUGUGGAGAUGUAUAAACUGCAGCACGGUGGUGGGGUCACGGCCACCAAAUACCGGUGGCAUCAGCCGGAGACAGUGUGAUUGUGUUGCCCGAGAGUCGUCUGGGCUUCGCUGUGUACGAUGGUGAUAUUUUGAAGUGUUCUAUUUUUGUCUUUUUAUUGAAGCGUCGAUCGCAAUGUGCAGUUGCAGUAUGUAAUAAAGAGUGCAUGACUUGCCCCAUGCUCAUGCGAGUUGUGAAGCCUGCGAGCGUAUCUUCGUGGCUUCAUGAGCUAAUGUGAAUUAAUUAGACAUUUGUGGUGAGUUAAAACCGAGACGUGCUACGCUAGCAUAAGUUACCAUUUCUUGUGUUAAGUAGGUAUAUAUUUAUAUUGUUUUAGAUGAAGAGUUUUGCAAAUGGCCGAAGCAAACCUGCAUUCGACGCAGAAUAUAUUCCUGCCCGGGGCCGGGAUGAUUCAAUAAAUGUCACCGAGGUUUUUUAGCGAAAACUCCGAGGGCCGUUAGGCCCGAGGUGCUUUUCGCUAAAAAAGCGAGGUGCAACAU